UCGCUCUGCGCUCCUCCCCGCCCCGGUGCAGCCAGCCAGGGAGGCGCAGGAGGUGGGACCUGCGGGCGGGAAGACUCCGGACGCCGGCGCGCGAGGAGCGGGGACCUGGGAGAGCUCGCAGCCCAGAGGAGGAGCUGGAGGGGGAGCGGAGCGCGCGGCCCGAGAACCCGAGGCAGCGGUCCCGGCCGGAGGCGCAGAGGGGCGGCGGGGAGCAGCAAGGCCGGGAGAGUCCCGCUCGGAGCCGAGGCCGGGGGAUCUGGGCUCACAGCCCCGAGUCUCAGCAGCUGCCGUCGCCCAGGAGCAGCAGCUGUGCCCGGGGUCCCGGCCGCGGCGGCCGCGGGAGGAGGAGGAGGAGCCGCGCCGCUGUCCCGUGCGCCGGGGAGAGGGCCGCGCCGCCCGGGCUGAGCCGCGCUGGGAUGUCCCGCUGACCGCGGCAGCCAUGCAGCCUUGACGGGGCGCUCGGGCGCGGGGACCAGCCGCGGGGCGCGCCCUCCCGGGAAGGGGCAACGGGCGCGGGCAGCAGGACUUCACCGCCGACUCCAGCCCCGCUGGGUGCCCAGCCAUCCACCAUGGAGCCCGUGACCAAGUGGAGCCCCAAACAAGUGGUGGACUGGACUAGAGAAAACCCGGUGAGGUGUGCGAACAAUUAUUAGCCCGUAUUAAAGGCGAAGAAACUAAAGCAGAGACGGGGAGUCUCUGGUCUCGUGCUGAUAGGCGGUGGCGCUCUUAAAUGCUGUCCUCUCCUCCAUCACUUCGUCGCUUCUGUGGCUUGUACCAGGCAUUGGAACUUAGAGCUCCAGGACAUAAAUUACUCUCUCUGAGCCGCGUGGUCUGUCAUAAGGUUGAUUCUUACCAUCCAGGGACACCAGUCAGUGCCGUGGAGAUUUCCCUGCCAUUUGUCAACCACUCAGAGGACCCCGGGGUGGGACUUGCAGCUGGUCAGGAAGGGUUAGAUGAUUGCCUGCAGCAGUAUGUCCACAAGUUUGAACGGGAGAAGAUAAAUGGAGAGCAGCUGCUGCAGAUUUCCCAUCAGGAUCUUGAGGAGCUGGGUGUCACACGAAUUGGACACCAGGAACUUGUGUUGGAGGCUGUCGACCUUCUCUGUGCACUGAAUUAUGGCCUUGAAACCGACAAUAUGAAGAACUUGGUUCUGAAACUGCGAGCAUCUUCCCACAAUUUACAGAAUUACAUAAGCAGCCGGAGAAAAAGUCCAGCCUAUGAUGGGAACACCUCCCACAAGCCCCCCAAUGAGUUCCUGACUUCUGUGGUAGAGCUCAUAGGCGCUGCCAAGGCCUUGUUAGCUUGGCUGGACCGGGCUCCAUUUACAGGGAUCGCUGAUUUCUCAGUAACGAAGAACAAAAUCAUUCAGCUUUGCUUGGAUCUGACCACUACGGUCCAGAAGGAUUCCCUUGUAGCAGAAAUGGAAGAUAAAGUUUUGGCUGUAGUCAAGGUUUUAAAUGGCAUCUGUGAUAAAACAAUCCGAUCUACCACGGAUCCUGUUAUGAGCCAGUGUGCAUGUCUGGAAGAAGUUCACUUACCAAACGUUAAACCUGGCGAAGGCUUGGGUAUGUACAUCAAAUCAACCUAUGAUGGACUGCACGUGAUUACUGGAACCACAGAAAAUUCUCCUGCAGACAGAUCUCAGAAGAUUCAUGCCGGUGAUGAAGUCAUUCAGGUUAAUCAGCAAACUGUGGUGGGAUGGCAGCUAAAAAAUCUGGUGAGAAAGUUGAGAGAGAAUCCUACAGGAGUUGUGUUACUGCUUAAGAAGCGGCCCACGAGUUCCUUCAACUUCACUCCCGCCCCCCUGAAAAACCUACGAUGGAAGCCGCCUCUGGUCCAGACCUCGCCUCCGCCCACGACCACUCAGUCCCCGGACAGCACGAUGGACGCGUCACUGAAGAAGGAGAAGCCAGCCAUCAUGGAUCUUUAUAUUCCUCCUCCGCCGACCGUCCCCUACUCCCCCCGGGAAGAGAAUGGGAGUUCCGUUUACGGAUUCAGUAAAUGUAAACAGCCGCAGCCUGGUCCGAAGGGUUCUGAGUCCCCCAAUUCCUUCCUGGACCAGGAAAGCCGGAGACGGAGAUUUACCAUCGCUGAUUCUGAUCAGUUGCCUGGGUAUUCCGUGGAAACCAAUAUUCUGCCCACAAAAAUGAGAGAGAAAACACCAUCCUAUGGCAAGCCCCGGCCUUUGUCCAUGCCUGCGGACGCGAGCUGGAUGGGGAUUGUGGACCCUUUUGCUAGACCUCGAAGUCAUGGGAGGAAAAAAACAAAACAAAUUGUUGGAAAACCUCUAGAAGGUGAGGACGGCCUUUGCCGGUAUUUCAGUAAUGAGCGGAUCUCUCCGAUCAUCGAGGAAAGGUCGUCCCCCACAUACCGUUUCUCAAGGCCCACGACCGAGAGGCAGCUGGUCCGAGGUGCAGACUACAUCCGAGGCAGCAGGUGCUACAUCAGUUCAGAUCUCCACAGCAGCGCCACGAUUCCGUUCUCGGAGGAAGGGACCAAAAAGAAAGCCAGCUCCUCGGCAGCCAAGUCCUCUUCUCCAGAACCGUCCCUGCUGGUCAGCUGGUUUACUCGCCUGAAACUGUUGACUCACUGAGCCCUGCAUUCCCGGGACCCUCCCUGUCUCCUGCUACCAAGUGCCUUGCUUCCUCAGUCAGCAACUUGUUCUGAUUUUCAUCCACAGUAUUAUGCAGCAACCUUAUGCGAUUUCGUGGGUUUUCUUUUUUCUUUUUUUGGAAAGUUGUAUACUGCACUUGGAAUUUUGAAGUCAUUGGAUGGGAACAAAUCCAGAGAAUCUUAGAUGCUGGCUUAUGGAGGCCAAAGGAGAGAAAUGGGGACAGUCCGCUUUCUUUUUGCUUCCUUAAGAGUCAGGACACGGAGACACACUCUCUAAACCAGAGCCUUGGCCAGGAAUGUUAUGGUCGUUAUGAGGAACUGGGCCAUUGUUCUUUUCAGGGGGGUGGGACUACAGUUGGUGGCCACUGUCACACAGAUGUGUUGGUUUUUGGUCCAACUUCACCUGAAAAAGCCAGUGGAGAAAACAGUUUUGUUUUUAUUUUUCAAGCUACAUACCACAUGUGUUAAGUGUAGCAGCUUUGACUUUGAAAUAACACGUGGGAAGCAUCUGCUCUUUCAGAGCAGAGGUUUGAGUGUAGGCCAGUUGCACUUAGUUAAUGCCCUUUUCAUAACAGUCUCAGUGUAAGUCAAUUAAUACAGAAACACGUGAAAAUGUUUAGAUAGAGCUUACUACACACAAAGAAGUGUAUGGUUAUUUGUGAAGGGUAUUGUAUAUUAUUGUCUUUAAGGGAAAAGAAGCUAUAAGAUUUGCUGACAGCCAAAGUAUCAUUGAGAAAAAUGAAGCAACCAUACUUAGGUUUAUGAGAGAGACAUCAGUUUGCAUUUUGACCUGUUCAAUGACUAUCUUCUAGAAAAGAAUGGACAGUUUUUCAAAAUUGUACACAUUUUGCUAAUUAGAAAUCUCUUGGAAAAUCUCACGGUCACUCAUUUUCAACUAGCAUCAGGUAUUUUGGAAAAGUGUGUCUGGAUAUUAACUCUUGUUUAAACUGAAUGUAUGAUAUUUUGCUAGAAUGGAAAAGUACUAUCUUGUUAAUUUAAGUGUUUUAAAUAUAGUUGUAUAUUUUUCUUACUCUUAGUCACAUGUAAUUGAUAUAUUUCUGUUUUGUGUCCUACAUGAAGCUAACGAAAAAAGUGUUCAAGGUGUUUUCAGGUUUACCAGUGACCACCUUGGCUGUUGCCACUGUGGGCACUAUUGUUAAAAAAACAAAAUAAACCCUCCCAACCAUUUUA